AAGCACAAGCUCAGUGUUUGACGUAGACUUAAAGGGUCGGCAUGGAAAGUUCUAAAUCACCCAGGGGCGGGAGACAUCACUCACCAUCCAGAUGUCGCUCCAGAGACAAAAAGCGCAAAUCGGGUGACAAGAAGCACAGAAGAUCCCGGAGCAGAAGCAAAGAGGUAACUAAACUAAAGACCAUUUCACUCACGUAGGUUAAGUUGAUGUGGUCACGUCAGUAUGUAAUUUGUCAUAAGUUUUAGGACAGGGUAAGUAUGAAGGUUUAACAGGACAUGAUAAAAUGUCAAAACUGAAGUAGUUCUUGAGUGAUUAUUUCUUUGGUUUUUCUCAAUCUCACACGUGUCAGUUAUGUGAAAUUAGAGAUGACUAAAGUAGAGAACAGAUUGUGUGGGAAUUUGCUUUUUUUUUGGUAAAAGCCUGUAUUUAGAUCACAUGAUAACAUCUCUAUAACAAAUUACACUCAGCGUGCUAAUGCACGAAGAGACACUCUGAACAGAAGACCCUGCUGACAGAUAGCAAAAUUAUAUGCCUACAACUGGACAGGCGCGGCGGAGGGAUGGGGACAAGAUGGUCAGAUCGCACAGCCGAUCUGAGGACCUGCUGCAGAGUUCGGAUAAAGAGCGCGAGAGGCUUUCAGAAGACAGCGGAGAGGAGCGGCACCGCAGAAAGGAGAAGAGGUCAUCCGGGGGGAGGAGUCCGUCCAGGUCUCGCUCAAGGGAAAGGAGGCAUAAAAGUCGAAGUCGAGAAAAACGGAGGUCUCGGUCACGCAGCCAUGAGAGGAGAUCGAAGAGUCGCGAGAGGAAGAGACGUCCCAAGUCGCGAUCCAGAUCACAUUCCAGACACAGACAAAGGAGCAAAAGUCGCAGCAAAAGCAGAGAGAAAAAGAAGAGGACUGAGAAAGUGAAAAAGAUCACUCUCAGUCGCUCUCCCAGUCCUGUGGCAUUCAGGGGUAGAAACACAGCCAUGGAUGCACAAGAGGCUUUGGCCAGGAGGUUGGAGAGAGCCAAAAAACUUCAAGAACAGAAAGAGAAAGAGCUGCUGGAAAAACAUCAACAGCAGCAGCAAGAAAUUGUAGCAGCAGCGGCGGUGGCGGCGACUCCGCUCCUCUGUGAGAACGCCCCAGCGGCUGCCUCUGGUCCGGCUCUGAACGUGGCGGCGCUGCUGGCUUCAGGGACGCAGGUCACACCACAGAUCGCUAUGGCAGCUCAGAUGGCAGCGCUGCAGGCCAAAACGCUGGCAGAGACGGGCAUCGCUGUGCCGAGCUACUAUAAUCCCUCCGCCGUCAAUCCAUUGAAGUUUGCUGAGCAGGAGAAGAAGCGGAAGCUGUUGUGGCAAGGGAAGAAGGAAGGGGAUAAAUCCCAGACUGCAGAACUCUGGGAGAAGCUCAACUUUGGCAACAAAGACCAAAACGUAAAGUUCCGCAAACUGAUGGGCAUCAAAGCUGAUGAGGAAGCGUCUUCAGGAGACAUCAAAGAGGAAGACAUGAAGACGCUGCAGCAGCAAGAAGAAAUGUUCCGUAACCUAGAUGUGCAGUACGAAAUGGCACGCUCACAGACGCACACACAGAGGGGGAUGGGCCUCGGCUUCUCCACGUCAUUCUCGUCGCGAGGGAUGGACCCCGUCUGAAUUCCCACCGCUUCACUCUUCCAUCAUCGGCUCAGCUCAUUUAUAACUCGUGUAUAGUAAGCUGAGGCUUUAGAUCGCAUGGAUGUUGGUUUGCAUCUGUAAUUUAUUCGAAUACCAGUUUUUGUCUCAAAAGAAUCCAGAUGUAAAUACGAGUGAUUACGGUUCAUGUUUUGUUAGGAUUGUACCGCAGAUCUCCGGAAAAUUACACAAAGGUGCAAUAGGACGCUGCAUAGCUUUACAGGGUUUGGAUGUUGUAACUUUUGUUUUCUUUUUAUCUUUUUUUUUUUUUUUUUUUAAAUAUAAACCUGUUUCACCUGUGGAUAGAACAGAUAGAACACAUUGUUUAGAAUUAAGCUAUGAAGAACAUGACGACCCUUUCCAUCAGAAAACACUGGCAUAGUGGCCACAAGUGUGCCAAGUUGUUGUAACUGCUUAUCACAUUAAAUUUUGUUAGUCCAAAAA